CGGGGGCAGCGGCGGCGGGGGCGGCGGGCCCAAGCUGCAUAGCUGGUCCCUGGAAAUGGGAUGCCUGUCCCAUGCGGGGAGCAUAAAAGGUGGCCCUCCUCCUCCUCCUCUUCCUCCUCCCUUUGGCUGCUGCUGCUGCUGCUGCUGCUGCUGCCCUCAGUGAAGCCAAGAGGCGGGGAACCAUGUCUGCCCUUACAUCAGCCAUCCAGGCCCCCCAGGGGCCAGUCAAUCCUCCUCCUCCAGAGGUCACCAACCCUACCAAGCCUGGGAGGAAGACCAACCAACUGCAGUACAUGCAAAAUGUGGUGGUGAAGACCCUGUGGAAGCACCAGUUUGCAUGGCCCUUCUAUCAGCCCGUUGAUGCCAUUAAAUUAAACUUACCGGAUUACCACAAAAUCAUCAAGAACCCGAUGGACAUGGGCACCAUCAAGAAGCGCCUGGAGCACAACUACUACUGGAGUGCCAGUGAAUGCAUGCAGGAUUUCAACACCAUGUUUACCAAUUGUUACAUUUACAACAAGCCAACGGAUGAUAUCGUCCUCAUGGCACAAGCCUUGGAAAAGAUCUUCCUGCAGAAAGUAGCCCAGAUGCCUCAGGAGGAAGUGGAGCUGCUGCCCCCCGUGCCUAAAGGCAAAGCUCGGAAGAUGGCAGCUGGGACCCCCAACCCAGCAGGGACCCAGCACCCAGCAGCCACGGCCGUCUCCUCCGCGUCCCCCCCGGCGCCCUUCCAGAACGUCCUUCCAUCGGUAUCUCAGACGCCCGUAAUUGCCGUCACGCCUGUGCCAACCAUCACUGCGAACGUCACCCCCAUCGCUGCCCCCCCUGCGACACCCGUGCUGCCUCCCCCCCCACCUGCUGCCCCAAUCAUGGCUGUUGUUCCGCCAACACCGCCCAUCGUCAAGAAAAAGGGGGUGAAGCGGAAAGCGGAUACCACCACGCCCACCACGUCGGCCAUCACGGCCAGCCGGAGCGAAUCUCCCCCACAGCUGUUGGACUCAAAGCAGGCCAAAGUGGUGGCUCGGCGGGAAAGCGGUGGCCGGCCCAUCAAACCGCCAAAGAAGGACCUGGAAGACGGGGAGGUGCCCCAGCACGCGGGCAAGAAGGGCAAGCUCUCGGAGCACCUCAAGUACUGCGACAGCAUCCUGAAGGAGAUGCUCUCCAAGAAGCACGCAGCCUACGCCUGGCCCUUCUACAAGCCGGUGGACGCCGAGGCCCUGGAGCUGCACGACUACCAUGACAUCAUCAAGCACCCCAUGGACCUCAGCACCGUCAAAAAAAAAAUGGACAGCCGGGAAUAUCAGGACGCCCAAGGCUUCGCAGCAGACAUCCGGUUAAUGUUCUCCAAUUGUUACAAGUACAAUCCGCCUGACCACGAGGUGGUGGCCAUGGCUAGGAAGCUGCAGGACGUCUUUGAGAUGCGGUUUGCCAAGAUGCCGGACGAGCCUGCCGACCCCCCACCGCCCGCCCUGCCCCCCGCCCCCGUGGUCAGCAAAAGCACGGAGAGCAGCCACAGCAGCGAGGAGGGGAGCUCCUCGGACUCGGACAGCUCGGACUCGGAAGAGGAGCGGGCCACGCGGCUGGCCGAGCUGCAGGAGCAGGACCGUUCCCGAUCAUUGAGGCAGUGCUACAAGGUCAUUGACUCCCGAGACUGGAAUGGAUGGAAUCUGAAGGCCGUCCACGAGCAGCUGGCUGCCCUCUCGCAAGCACCAGUGAACAAGCCAAAGAAGAAGAAGGAGAAGAAAGAGAAAGAGAAGAAAAAGAAAGAGAAGGAGAAGGAGAAGCACAAGGCAAAAGCCGAGGAGGAGAAGAAAGCCAAGGCGGCCCCGCCAGCAAAAGCCCCCCAGCAGAAGAAAGCGCCCGCCAAGAAGGCCAACAGCACAGUUCCCGUUAACAGGCAGCCGAAGAAGGCCGGGAAGCAGGCCUCAGCCACCUUCGACUCGGAGGAGGAGGAAGAGGGCCUCCCCAUGACCUAUGACGAGAAGCGCCAGCUCAGCCUGGACAUCAACCGCCUGCCGGGGGAGAAGCUGGGCCGGGUGGUGCACAUCAUCCAGUCGCGGGAGCCCUCCCUCAGGGACUCCAAUCCCGACGAGAUCGAGAUCGAUUUUGAAACCUUGAAGCCCACCACGUUGCGGGAACUCGAGAGAUACGUCAAGUCUUGCUUGCAGAAAAAGCAGCGGAAGCCAUUUUCCGCGAGUGGGAAGAAGCAGGCCGCCAAGUCCAAGGAGGAGAUGGCUCAGGAGAAGAAGAAGGAGCUGGAGAAGCGCCUGCAGGACGUGAGCGGGCAGCUGAGCAACAACAAGAAGCCGGCCAGGAAAGAAAAAUCGGGCUCCUCAGCGCCGUCCGGCGGUCCGUCUCACCUGAGCAGCAGCAGCAGCUCCGAGUCGGGGAGCACCAGCUCCAGCGGCUCCAGCUCCGACAGCAGCGACUCCGAAUGACCAGGGGGGACCCUCGGCCCGCCCGGACUGGACUCUGUCCCCCGGCUUUAUUUUUCUAACGGUUCCUCUCCCCCCUCGUGACCAAGUCUGCGUCGUUUCCCGCUCCUUUGCAGCCCUUUUCCAGAAGGACUCGGCGUUACAGAGACGUCCUCUUCCCCGCGGAGUUUCCUCCUGCUUCGAUUAGGUCAAGCGCCAGACUAGACUUGGGGGCAAAAUGAUUUGCAUCACUUCAAGUCUCUAAACCCCUUUUUUAAACCCGAGAUGUCGAGAUGCUGAAGGAGAACUCAUCAACAGAGACUCUUCUGCCCGCUCCUGCCGUGGCCGGAGCCUGGAGGCGGGGGGGGCGACUCUGCCCUUCCUGGGGGCUCCUUUGGCCAGGCCUGAGGGCCGAUCCUCUCCGAAGACGAGGAGGGGAGUGGGGGUCCCAGCCUCGGGGAAUGGUACUGCAGUGGGGGGAGGCCAGAGCUCCAAGGCCGGCCGGCCGGCCAGCGUGAAUGUUCUAAUCUUCUGCUGGUCUGCCAACCCCCCCCCCCCCCCCACCCCGGCGGCCCCCCCCCCCCCCUUCUCCACUGAGAUGAAGAUCCUAAUCUUUUUUUAUAGAUAAGAGGGAAAAAGCUCAUGUACUGUGGAUUGUUUUUUAAAGCGUACCUUUUUAGAUAUUUCUUUUACCUUUUUUUAAUCAAUAUAUAGAUUCAUGCUCUGGCUGCGAGAACUUCCUCAGAGGUGGCCGCCCUGCUGAGGGCGGUGGGUGCCCCCGGAGGCUAGCAAGGGGUGGCCCAGCCGCCUCCUUGGCCGGGCC